AUGAUUGGAGCAGGCAAGGAAGGCGUUUUGGAGGAGGCAGCAGUGAUUGGCGGUCAGAGCAGGAAGAGAGAGGUGGCUCCUUACCUGCGCGGGGGUGGACCAGGGCAGCAGGUGAUGUUGGAGGGAAACAGGCUGGUGCUGACCUGCCUGGCUGGAGGCAGCUGGCCUCUGCAGUACCGUUGGACUCUCAACAACAGCAACAUCACCGACUGGACACCACAGUACAGGUUGUCUGUCCCGUCUCUGAAGAGGACUGAUGCUGGCCUGUAUCAGUGCAUGGUGAGGAACAGGAUGGGAGCAGUAAUACACAGGAGAACAGAGGUGCAAGUGGCCUUUUUGGGGAACUUUUCCACCGAGGAGCAGAGAAAGACUGUGACUCAGGGCCGAGCAGCCAUCAUCAGCCCGCCUCCUCUCGCUUCUUCCCCCCGACCCUUAGUCACAUGGUUCAAAGACGGACAGAAGAUCAUCCCCAACAACCGAAUAGCAAUCACUUCGGACAAUCAGUUGGUCGUCCUGGCAACCACAGCGACAGACGCAGGACGUUACCAUUUAGAGGCUGUGAACGAGAUGACAGGGGAGAAUGUGACGAGUCCUGCCGUCUACCUGAGCAUCUCUGUUGGCAAGAAGAACCGUGGGUCAACAGAUCCUGAGUCAGAGCUUGUGGCUCCAGCGAUUGUGAUUGGACCUAAAGACACAACAGUGGUGGCUGGGAGCGAGGCAACACUGGAGUGCAUCGCUAAUGCCAGACCGGUGGACAACCUCAUGGUGUCAUGGAAACGGGAUGGGCGUCGGCUGGCCAGUGGGCGUCGGCUCAUUAUUCCUGCCCCCACCUCUUCAGACACUGGGUUAUAUGUUUGUGAAGCGUUGCUUAGCAACAGCACCGCCAAACCUGUGGAAGCAAGGGCACACCUCACUGUAAUGGAACCACCCUCUCUGACUGCUCAGCCCAAGAGGAAGAUCUUCGCUGAUCUCGACAGGAAUGUAGACAUCCCCUGCCUUGCUACAGGCGUGCCCCAGCCCAGGAUAGAGUGGUAUAAGGACACAGUGCCUCUUUCCAAACUGGCCAACCCUCGCUACAAGGUCACCACAGCAACCGGGCUGACGGUGCGCAGGGUGCAGCCAGGAGACGGAGGAAUAUUCCAGUGCUUUGCUCGCAACGCUGCAGGAGAAAGCCAGACGCACACACAGCUUCUUGUCUCCAGUGUGGCCCCCACAUUUACAUUCCCCCCAUCCGACCGAACUGUAACUGAUGGCAACACAGCCUCAUUUACCUGCCAGACGAGCGGAGCUCCAAAACCAGCCAUCACCUGGAGGAAAGGAUUGCAGGUCUUAGCCAGCGGCUCUGUCCAGGUUCCCAGGUUCACACUGCUGCAGUCAGGCGGUUUGCAGAUUCAACCAGUCAGCUUCCAGGAUUCAGGAGAAUACACCUGCAUCGCCUCCAACUCAGAGGGAGCCAUCAAUGCCACUGCCACGCUCACUGUGUGGAGUCGUACAGUCAUUUCUGUGCCUCCAACAGACCAGCGUGUUAUCAAAGGAACCACUGCUAUUCUGGACUGUAACGCUACACAUGACCCCAGAGUCAACAUCAGGUACCUCUUUAAAUGGGAUCGUGGUGGUGUGCCGGUCUUUCCAACCAGUGGGGGCCGUGUUUCUGUGCGCCAGGGCUCUCUCACUAUUGGCCAGACAUGGUCAGGUGACAUUGGGGAUUACACCUGCACUGUGACAUCACAGGCUGGCAACGAUUCUCGCUCUGCACGCCUCGAAGUCAUUGAGCUGCCGCACUCUCCUCGCUCCCUGACAGCUCGUCUCAACGACUCUGACUCCCGCUCCGUCCUCCUGUCCUGGCUACGCCCCUUUGAUGGGAACUCCCCUCUGCUCUACUACCUGCUGGAGCUAUCCGAGAACAACUCUCCAUGGAAGGUUUACCUAUCAGAGGUCGAUCCUGCGGUGACUGAGGUAUCAGUGGGCGGGCUCACACCUGCCAGGACCUAUCAGUUCAGACUUUGCGCUGUCAAUCAAGUGGGCAGGGGUCAGUACAGCGCCGAGACGCAGAGAUUAAUGCUACGAGAGGAGGCACCCAGUGCUCCUCCGAAGAAUAUUGUGGCCAGUGGGCGGACAAACCAGUCCAUCAUGGUCCAGUGGCAGCCUCCACCAGAACCCCAACUCAACGGAGUCCUCCGAGGAUAUGUACUCAGGUACCGUCUGGCUGGGCUGCCAGGGGACUAUCAGGAGAAGAACAUCAGCAGCCCAGAGACCAACUACUGUCUGCUGAAAGAUCUGAUCAUCUGGACACAAUACCAGAUCCAGGUGGCUGCCUUCACUGGAGCCGGCCUGGGCGUCUACAGCAGCCCUGUCACUGAGUACACUCUGCAGGGAGUUCCCACAGCACCUCCGCAGGAAGUGGAACUUGUAGCCAUCAACUCGACCACCAUCCGCUUCACAUGGAACCCUCCACCUCAGCAGUUUAUUAAUGGUAUCAACCAGGGAUACAAGCUGCUGGUUUGGCCAGAGCAGUCUCCAGAGGACAUUAUCGUAGUCACCAUCACCCCAGACUACCCAGGUUCACGCCACACAGGAUUAGUCAGCGGACUCAAGAAAUUCACCUGGUACUUCGGCGCCACCCUCUGCUUCACAACACCUGGAGACGGCCCCCGCAGCCCGCCCACCCUGCUGCAGACACAUGAGGACACACCUGGGCCCGUUCGUCGCCUGAGCUUCACUGAAAUCUUGGAUACAUCGCUCAGAGUCAGCUGGGCAGAGCCUGAAGACAGGAAUGGCAUCAUUACUGGCUAUGUGUUGUGGUGGGAAGUGUCUGACGUAGAGGCGAGUCGUGAGGAACGUUCCCUGUCCAACUCCACCCUGCAGUACCAGCUGACCGGCCUCACCUCCACCACUGUGUACACACUAAAGGUGGCAGCGCUCACUGCUGCAGGACGGGGCGUGGUCACAUCCUCCACCAUCUCCACUGGGGUCCCACCAGAACUUCCUGGAGCACCAUCUAACUUAGUCAUCUCCAACAUCAGCCCUCGGACAGCAACACUUCGGUUCCGCCCUGGUCCUGACGGGAAGACAGCAAUAUCUCGAUGGAUUGUAGAAGGACAGGUGCGUGAAGAUGGAAAGGAGGAGGCUUGGAGAGCUGUCUACCAGAAAGACAAUCAGCCAGAUGCAGACACACUGGAGAUCCCCGACCUCACUCCGUUCACUCAGUACAGGUUCAGGAUGCGUCAGGUGAACAUUGUCGGGUCCAGUCCCAUGAGCGCCCCCUCCAGGCUGAUUCAAACCUUACAGGCAGCCCCUGACACACACCCCUCUAACCUCACCCUGCUGUCUGCUACACAGACCAGCCUGCGCUUCAGCUGGAAGCCUCUUACUGAGUCCGAGUACAACAGCAGCCCAGAGACCGUGGGCUACCGGCUGCGUGUGUGGAGGACAGACAGGCAAGGAGAGGACAGGACCGAGGAUAUGGAGGGAGCAGUGGGGGCCGGUGAGGCCACAGUAGAGGGCCUGAAUCCCUGGACCCAAUACCACGUUCAGAUACAGGCCUUCAACUCCAUAGGACCUGGACCGUGGAGCAACACUGUUGCUGCAAGCACUGCUGAAUCUGUUCCAUCUGGAUCUCCGAUGAACGCGACUGCUGAGGCAGUGAGUUCCACCCAGAUCCUACUCACUUGGUCCGCUCUCCCUCAGGCUCAGAAGAAUGGAGUCAUACUUGGAUAUAAGGUGUUGUACAGUGAGAAGGACUCAGAAGGUCCUCCCAGUGUUCAGGUGGCAGAAGGAGAGGGGAAUAUGUCGCUGCUCCUCAGGGUUCUCCAAAAAUACACAGUGUACGUGCUGCAGGUGCUGGCGUACACGCGGAUGGGUGACGGCCCUCUGAGCAACCCCAUACUGCUCCGAACCAAAGAAGAUGUCCCUGGGCCCCCUGUCAGGAUGGUGUUUCCAGAAGUUCGAUUGUCAUCAGUUAGGGUGGUUUGGCAGCCACCCACAAACCCCAACGGCAUCAUAUUAGGCUACCAGAUCUCCUACUGCCUCGACAGCAGGGACCCUCUGCGCUGGACCACAGUGGAGGUGGGCUCCAACGCUCGGCAGUUCACUGUCACGGGACUUUCCCCUGAGCAGACAUACGUGUUCCGACUCACUGCUCGCACCGCCGUGGGCUGGGGCGAAGAACAGGAAGCCCUGGUUGUUACCACUGAACGUAGAGAGCGUCCCCAGCCGCCAAGGAGGUUGUCUGUUCUUCAGGACGGGGUUGAAUCUCGCCGUCUCCGCCUCCACUGGGUGACUGGCGGCUCAGGCUCCUCUCCCCUGAGAUACUUCACUCUGCAGGUCAAACAGCUGCCCAGCGGGGACUGGAACACACACGUCGCUGACAUCCCACACAACAAGACCGCCUGGACCGUUGACGGGUUGAAGCCCUUCACGUCAUACAAGUUUCGGAUGCUGGCCACCAACGAUAUAGGAGACAGUGUCCUCAGCAAAGAAACGGAGGCUGUUACAACUCUGCAGGACGUGCCUGAUGAGCCUCCAGUGAUCCUCGCAGUAAAACCAACAACCACUACCUCAGUCCUGGUGCAGUGGAAGCGUCCCAUUGACGACAGCAUUAAUGGGGUGUUGACUGGAUACCGGCUGUACUAUAGAGAGCUUCCCGUGAACGCCUCCACUUUCACUGAAGCAGAUGUCCAGACGACCAAAAACACCACCACAGGUACCCUCAUUACAGCCAAGAGCACCUUCAAGACAGUCAGUAGCGCCUCGCUCACAGAGUUUGAGUUGACACAGCUAAAGAAAUUCAAGCGUUACCAGAUCGUUAUGACAAGCUACAACAUCAUUGGAGAGAGCCCACCCUCCACCCCGGUUGAGGUGUCUGUCGGCGAGGCAGCUCCAUCGGUGGCCCCCCAGUCUAUAAGAGUGUCAGCUGUGUCUCCCUCCAUCCUGGAAGUGACCUGGGACACACCCCCCCUCGAGACCCAGAAUGGACUCAUCCAAGGAUACAAGAUCCACUACUGGGAGAGGGACAAGCAGAACCAGAGUGAGAAGGUGAAGAUGAUUUUUGUCCCAGACACACGUGUGCAUCUCACCAACCUGACCAGCUACACGCCUUACCUGGUCACACUGACAGCCUUCAACACAGCAGGAGACGGACCGCCCAGUGACCCCCGCGGGGCUCGGACCCUGCAGUCCGCUCCGAGCCAGCCCAGCUACCUGUCCUUCUCCGAGGUGACAGGAGGAAGUGUCAACGUGUCUUGGGGAGCUCCGCUCACUCCUAAUGGACAGCUGGAGGGCUACAGGGUCGUCUACCAGCCCACAGCUCCUGUUCAGGGAGUGAGUAAAGUUGUGACAGUGGACGUGAAAGGCAGCUGGCAGCGAUGGCUGAAGGUUCGGGACCUGGUCAAAGGAGCAACGUACACGUUCAGUGUCCAGGCUCUCACAGUCAGCCAUGGGCCCCCCUUACAGGCAAACAUCACUGCUCAGCCUGUGCAGGGCACCCCUGGGUCUCCUAUGGAAAUGUCCAUCACAAAGACGUCCUCUGCUCUCAAUAUCCACUGGUCAGAGGGAGAUAUCGGCGCAGCACCCGUGACUGGAUACGUUAUUGAGGCUCGUCCCUCGGAUGAGGGGGUGUGGGAUGCCUUCAUCAGACCCCUCCCUCCCAGCAGCAGAUCCGUGUCAGUGCCGAUGGAGCGCCUGAGGUCAGGGAUCAGCUACGAGUUCAGAGUCAUCGCUGUUAAUCGCUAUGGUUACGGACAGCCAAGUACACCCUCUGCUGCUCUCGCUGCGCUGUCGGAGCGUCCCUUCUAUGAGGAGUGGUGGUUCCUACUGGUCAUGGCUCUGGUGGGACUCAUCCUCAUUCUGGUCUUGGUCUUCACCCUGCUGCUGCAUGGACACAGCACCAAGUACAAGGCCUGUGGCACAGGGAAGCACGUGUCCACAGCGGAGGAGUCUGUAACUCUGGACAACGGAGGAUUCACCGCUCUGGAGCUCAACAGCAGAGCGCUCAACACCAAGAACUCCUUCCUGAAAAAGAAUGGGACCAGGUCUCCUCCGAGGCCCAGUCCAGGUGGUCUUCACUACUCAGACGAGGACAUCUGUAACAACUAUAAUGGAGCCGUGCUCACGGAGAGCACCACACUCACUGAGAAGCCCACUGAGGUCUCUGAGUCAGAGUUAACAGACAGUGACUACGAGGACGAACAGCCAAAGCACUCCUUCGUCAACCACUACAUGAGCGACCCCACCUACUACAACUCCUGGAAGCGGCAGCCCAAAGGCCUUAAAGGGAUCGGCGCUCCUUUUGGCUACGAGGAGUGCGCCACCGCAGACACGGAGCCCUACUACCAGACCGUGGUCACCCAGCACAGCACAGGUGGCGCGUACACACCCACAGGGCAGCCUGCGCACACACAUGUCAACCCCAACACCAACCCGCCGGGAUCGCGCACCCCUGUGACGGGAUUCUCCUCAUUUGUUUGA